GGCGGUGUCGGCAUGUACCAACCGCCUCCACCUGGUGGCAAUUCACCCAUGAUGCAACCGAUGAAUAUGCCACCACGAGGUGGUGCCCCACCACCUAUGAUGAUGGGUCAACAACGAGGCCCUGUAGGCCCUAUGGGAGGCCCAUCCACCCGGAUGGGUCCACCUCCGGAUCGGCACGGGUUUGACGAUUACGACGAUGUUGAUAUGAGUCACGGUUACGAUCGUGGCACUUAUCGUUAUUAG